UCUAUGUUCAUGUCUGUCAUGUUGUAAUUUAUUCUCCAGUUUUGUGCUACUUGCUAACAAACCUGACGUAUAUUGAAUAUGUGUUCGUGUUUGGUUUGUUCGCGAUUUUAAUGUAUUUGAAAUAACAUCUCAAUGUAUAAGUUAUGCGAAAAGUUCCUUUCAAAACCAAUGACAUUAUAUGAACUCGAUGUGCGUUUUGGCCAUUUUACUUGGCUUGCGUUGGUGAUUCGUACAUAGUCACGUGACCUAAGUGGUUUUUGGAUCAAUGGCGCCAAAUGUCUAUAUUAGAAAAUGUUGCAUUGUACCUAUCUAAAGUGCCAUCAUGUAGUGGAAGAUGUGACAUUUUACACAAUGCUGCUGCCACGGUCUAAGUGUAAAGCAGUAGUAGGUUCGUGAACAUGUAGGUUGUGAGCGAACUUUAAGAUGUCAGUUAGAGGCACAAAACGGGCGACCGGAGUGCGGGGAGAAGAGGCCGGCACGUCUAAGCGACGCCGGACAGAGCCCGAAGACGCACUGUGGCAACUCCGCCCCGACGUUAAAAUGCCAUCUAUUUACAACAGAAGUGCCUCAGAGGCACCUGCAGAACUAUUCAGAAAAGAUCUCAUCAGCGCGAUGAAACUACCAGACUCUGAGCCGUUGACGGCCAGUGAGUACUGGGUCAUCACGGACACGUGGAAGCAGGAUUGGGAGCGAGGUGUGCAAGUGCCAGUCAAUCCGGACUCGCUGCCGGCGCCCAAAGUCAAAAUUAUUGACAACCCCAAGCCACCAGACUUUCAAGAAUUCAAAUUACCCAAGGACAAAUAUAUCCACUUAACGCGCGACGCGCACUUCCAACCUGACAAGCAUCACCUGAGCACGACGCCGGCGCGCGCGGAGGCAGCCUGCAGCUAUGACCUGGAUGCCAUCGACACGGCCUGGCUCAAACUGUUGAACGCAGAACGGGCCAGGGCAGGCGCCAUGCCCAUCAACGAGAACCAGCUCGAGAAAGUGUUAGAAGAACUUGAGGUCCGAACAUGGGAUAAGAUCCAAGCUAUCAUGAAAUCCGAGGAGGGGCUCGGCAUAGAGUACGACGAGAAUGUUAUCUGCGAUGUGUGCCGCUCGCCGGAUUCUGAAGAUGGCAAUGAGAUGGUCUUCUGCGACUCCUGCAACAUUUGCGUGCACCAGGCCUGCUACGGCAUAACGGUCAUACCAGACGGGCAGUGGCUAUGCAGGCCGUGCGGCGAUGGCGUUCGACCUAUGUGCGUCCUUUGCCCCAACGUCGGAGGUGCUAUGAAAUGUACGCCUUCUGGACAUAAGUGGGCACACGUCAGUUGCGUUCUUUGGAUACCCGAGGUGUCCAUAGGCUGCGCCGAACGCAUGGAACCCAUAACGAAAAUAUCCGCCAUCCCUGCCUCCCGAUGGUCUCUCUUGUGUGUGUUGUGUCGUGAGCGCAAAGGUGCGUGUAUACAAUGCUCCGUAAAGACUUGUAAGACUGCUUAUCACGUAACCUGUGCAUUUAAACAUGGACUUGAAAUGCGUGCGAUCAUUGAGGAUGAAAACGCAGACGACGGGGUCAAACUAAGAUCCUAUUGUCAAAAACAUAGUGUGAACAACAAGAAAGAUAAGAGCUCCGGUUCUGGCUCCGAUGAAGAGGAAGUAAAAAGGAAGAGACGGAAAGAUAUGACUUCGGAGGAGAAAACACAGGCGCGGGCGGCGCGUCUGCAAGAAAUAGAACACGAGUUCGAUAGGCAUGUCAGCAUUAAGGAUAUCAGCUCACAUCUCCUUGAUGUUGAUCAAGAUGCCAUAGUCUACAUCUACAACUACUGGAAACUGAAAAGACGCGCAGGGCACAAUCGUCCCUUGCUACCACCUAAAUCUGACGAUAGCGAACUACUAACGCAUCGACAAGAACAAGCUGAUCUCGACAAAAUGAAAAUGUUCGUACAACUAAGGCAAGACCUCGAAAGGGUGCGGAAUUUAUGCUACAUGGUGAGUAGGAGGGAAAAGCUCUCUCGCUCUUUCUUUAGGCUCCGAGAACAAACGUUUCACAAACAAGUGGCCGUCUUAACAGCGGACCCUUCCAUAUCCGGCCCCGAGUUGGCUGCUAUUAUUGAGGCUAAUCAUGGACCUUCAAUUUACGAUAGGUUAUAUUCCCACGACAAUGCCCCUGACCAUCAAAAUGAUUUCGAAGCUCUGCUUGCUCGGAUUGCUCCCCCUGAUUCUAGUGACGAUAAGAAGAAGGAUCGAAACGGCCUAGUUAAAGGAUCUAAGUCAGCAAACCCAUAUAAGAGACAUUACGUGAAUGGAUCGCGCAGAAGCGGCAGCAUGUAUAGCGGUCUUUCUAGUGAAGAAAGUGCUCCAGAAAUUAGUCGGUCCAGUAAAUACCGUGGCAGAGCCAUAGGAUCCAGCACUGAUGAUGAUGGAAAGAAAUCCAGUUCACCAAAGAAAAAAGUGUCCCCUAAGACCAAAGGAAAGAGGUCACCGAAAAAGACUGAAAGGAAAAAGAAGAAAGUUCCACAGUCAAAGGCAAUUUUAGAAAGCAGCAGUGAGGAUGAGUCUUUGAAGGCUAAGAUGAAAAAGGAUAGGACUCGAAGUAAAACUCUAACUCAAAUGGAGAAGGAAAUGACUGCCGGUAAGAUAGAUCAGUCUGGUACUGACAGUGAUGAACUCAUGCCCAUGAGAACCACCAGGAACAAUAAAUUCCCAGUUGACAUAUAUUCCGAUAGUAGCGAAGAAGAUGUGAAACCAGAAGUUUCAGACAAAACCAAAUCUUCAGAAAAGUCAAAAGCUAAUAAGUCGCCAAAUGAUUCACAGCAACCCUUGCCAAGAACCAAAGCGGCAAUGAAGGAGUUCAUUUUGCAUCCAGAAAAGAAGCCAGUUCCAGAAGAAGUAGUACCUAAAAAGAAACGAGGCAGGAAGCCAUCAAACAAAGACAAAAAGCCCCCGCCCCCCGUCAAGGUAGAAUCUGAGGAUGAAGCCAGGAACAAGGAGAACAAAGCCAUGAAACAAAAAGAUAACCCAACUGAUCUGAUAGUGCCACAGCGGCAGGCCGCUAAAAAAGCUUCGGAGAACAUGCGUUCGACGACUGUUGUGAAAAAGGAUGAUUCUGAUAAACCUGUUAGUGGAGAUGAUACCAAGAGUAAACCCAAAGUCAAAUCAAGGGGUAAAGAAGUGAAGGACACCAAAGAUGUGACACCCUCGACUUCACCUGCCAAAGUCGGAAGAAAGAAAUCUUCUAAAGAAGCUGAAAAGGAGCCAAUUUCCUAUGUCCCUCAAAGACAAGCUGCAAAGAAAGCCGCCGCUCAUAUUAAAAGCGGAUUGGGUAGUAAAUUACCGGUUGUCGAAUCUGAUACUGAUAAGAAGAAAGAUGACAAGACAGAAUUCAUGUCACCUAAAAAGGAAGAAGUUAAAAGCAAACCACUACCAAAAGACAGUUCCAGUUCAUCGUCAUCUUCAAGCAGUAGCUGUUCUUCCUCAUCCAGUUCUGAAGAGGAAACAGAGAAGCCGUGCAUGAAGCCAACAGCCAAAGCGCCAGAAAUCAAACCUGCUAGACAACCGUCGAUGUUUUCACCGCCAGGCUCUAGGCCAACAGUGGACUUGCCCUUUCUCGACAAGGUGUCAAGACCCCUGUCUUCGACUAGUGCCUCGAGUGAUGGUGACAGCUCUAAGGAGUCUCGAUCUGGUUCCGACAGUCCCGCGCUCAAGCUGCCGCGCCGGCGACGCAAGGGAAGUCGGCUGUCGAGUGAUACUUCCCCUCGCAAGGCCCCGGACAAGAAGCUUAAAACUUCCGAACGGCGGUCCGAGUGUGGGGUACCAUCACCGAUUGCUGAAGGAGAGGAACCGCGCGGAGCCGACGCGCGCGCUGCCACGCGUGCUCGGACCAGAAGCACUACUUCAAGCGGAAAUAUGCCUAAUAAGCCUGACACCCGACCGAGAAAACCAACUAAAGACGACGCCGGUUUUGCCCUUAACUCCAAUAAGACCAAAGAGAGCUUCCAGUCCGGUCAACUUUCAUCUCCGAAGCGGGAAGAGGACGAGGAGAUAAAGAAAGAAAUCAAAAAUGAUAUGUCCAUAAAUGAUGUCAAACCUAAAAUUGGUAGACCCAAGAGUCGCAGUAUAUCUGUAGAAGACAAAGAAAAGAUUAAGUCGUCCAUCACUGAUUCUAUUACACAGGUCAAAACUAGUCCACGGAAGAGCAUUGACUCGAAACAAAAGAGCAGGCGAAUGAGCGUAAAAGAUACUUCGCCAAUUAGGAGAUUGAGCGUGAAGGAUACAUCACCAAAUAGGCGAACUGCUAUUACAGAAUCUUCGCCUAUUAGCCGAAUCGGUGCAAAAGACACUUUGCCAAGUAGGCGGAUGAGUAUGAAGGAUAUUUCACCAAAUAGGCGAAUGAGCAUAAAAGAAUCACCGCCGAAGAGGCGAAUGAGUAUCAAAGAACCUUCUCCAAGCAGGAGAUCGGCCGUCAAAGAUUCCUCUCCGAAUAGACGGGUGACUGUCAAAGAUCCUUCGCCAAAUAGGCGAGUGACUGUGAAAGACCCUUCGCCGAGUAGCCGAUUAAUUGCGAAAGAAAGGCGAAUGAGUAUAAAAGAUCCCUCACCUAGAAGGCGAAUGAGUGUUAAAGAUUCUUCACCGAAAAGACGUAUGAGUGUCAAGGAUACUUCGCCCAAACAUAUGGAUUCUCUGAUCUCGGACCCUACUGCCAACGUUGCUCCCGUGAAAGAGAGGCGAAUCAGUAGGGCUGAAAUACUUUCUGCUACCGGCGGUUUAUCUCCUGUCAAGAAGCUAAUAUCUGAAAGACAACCUAAAGAUUUGAAUCUUGAGAGGAAGAGUCCGUUACCUAUGACUGAUUUCACAGACCAUGACAAACACUGGCUGACAGCUCCAAGUCCCCUUUGUCCCCCACCAGUUAUAGAAAGGCCUGGGCUUAAUGAUAAAUAUAUUGGGGAAGAUAAGUCUAUGGACUCUGACUCGGCCGACAAGAGCAGCGUCAAUAUGAUGGCAAAGAUCCAAGCCAAUCUCAAUGAAAAUACAAUGAUAAAAUCACCUAAAACUCCAAUGGACGCCAGAGUAUCUAUGGAUCCAUUGGAAAUGGAAUCGUCUUUAGUGAGGGGUAUCCGGAAACGUGUAUCGAUCGAUCCCGAAAAGAAGUUUAUUACCCAAGAUGCUAGUCAUGUACAAGGCGUAGAAAUAUCGAAGAGCGCUAAAAUACCGUCUGUGGCCAAUCCGUUCCCGAAUCGCUCCAUGUUCUCACCACAGUCGAAAGACAACGAACUGUUCGAUUAUGAUAUGAUAGCCGUCGACGACGGAUUUAAUCAUGAUGAUAUGACAAAACCUUUCAGUUCAUACCCAGAAUUCAUUUUCAAAGAGGAUUCAAAAGAGCAAGGUGUGCAGGAGACUUUGAAUCUAGUAGACAGGCUUAGAAUGCAACUCAGCUCGAAGAAAAUUCCAACUGAAAACCCAGUGCAAGAGGAACCAAUGAAUGUGGAGAAAGAUCAAAAAGAUGAUGAAAACAAUAUGACUUCUAAAGCCGGUGAAGGUGAAACUUUGCCGCCAUCGAAUACAGCUUUUGAUUUGCCGAGUAAACAUAUCCCGAAAGACAGUCGCACAACGGUCAAUCACGUUGCGCCACCUUAUUGUACGGAUCUCACGCCUAGGGAGCCCAUCACCGAUAAAAAUUACCAGGAACCAAUAGCCAUGACCAGCAAAGAUAAAUGGGCCGACAUACCUUUGCCAGAUGAACCUCAUCCCAAUGACAGAAAAUACGACAAUCAUUCUAAUUCGUAUCAUGAAGAAGUCAAAGAACCAAGCACAAUUCAAUCUGAUGUUCAAUCAGUUUCAGAAAUCGGAGAUACAAUAUCUUUAUCGAAACAGAGCGAUGAUUCGCAGUCGCUGUCUGUAGCCGACCACUCUAUGCACAGCAACGACCAGGAAUUGACGCAAGACAACCAGACUUAUGAUAACAACAACUCGCUGGCACAUUCAGAUUGUGCUACGAUUUCUUCGCCGUACAUAGGACAAGAUCCGAAAUAUAGAGGAGAGAGCAAAAUCACAACCAGAAGGUCAUCUGCCUCUAGUACAACUUCGGAAGGGUCCACUUGUUCCCAAAAACCCGUUAUGAAAUCUCACCUGAACAGUAUUGAUUCACAUCAAGGUCAUGUUAUUCCCGACAUAGACUUGUAUCCACUACCGGCUUAUUCCUGCAGUGUCGUCGAGCCUGCCAUGCCUCUGAAUCAAUAUAGUGCGUUUGCGCCUGACGCUUCUCCCUUCAUUAGCAGUGCCCUGCCUCUGUUCACGUCGGCUACAGGUCAGUUGGCAUUGCCGUCUCCAGGCCCUGGGUUGUUCCCUCCAGUUCUCCCUUUCCCAACAACAUCUCUGUCUUCUUUGCAUACGAUGCAGCCGAAACCAGCAUUCCCGCAAUUAUGUGCAACAUUUACUACCUCUUCGCAAAACAUCGCGCUCACUACCGCCAUGAUAGCUCCCCCUACACCCAAACCGAUCGACUCUCCACGUGAUGACUUAGACGUGUCAGGAAGUGAUAAAUUCUCCAUACACGUCGUUUCCAGUCCUAGCAUCAGUGUAGAUUCUUAUGACGCCUCCAACAACAGAUCCACAAAGAUGUCUAACGAUAGUAACGAGACCAUGUCGAGUAUGCAUCCCCAAGAAUCUAAAUCACCUCCGAAAUUGCCGCCCGCUAAAACUACACCUAAAUUCACCGGUAAAUCGCCUGGCAAGAGUCCUGCUGGUAUAUCGCCGAAGCAAUCAGAACCACAGAAAGGCACCAAACGUGCUAACAAUAGAAGUAAUAGAAGUCAAAGAGGCCGAGGUAGAUCUAAGAGCAGAGGACAAAGUCUACAGGGAUACCCUGUCGAUUACAUGGGCAAUUCUAUCCAAAAUAAACUAGUCGGAACCGUGUACGACUUUGACGAAGAAAUCGCCAACGAUGGAGUCGAUCUCAAAGCGCUCCGAGAUAGGCGCAAAUCCAUAGACAUAAGAGAUGACAGGAAAUCCGAAAAUUCUUAUAAAGACGCGUCACAAUCUCCUCCCGUCGCUAGUCCGCAAGCUAAUAAGAGACCACCUCCGUCAGAGGAGAGUAAAGAGGUGAAGCCUUCCAGUCCUGAAGUUCGCGAGAGAACGGCAUCGCCCGCUGGGAAGGGAUCCGGCGACCGUGGGCCGGGCUUCACGGCUGUGGCGCCCGUGCUGCCCGGGCCCGUCGACAUGCGCACCUACCAACCCUUUGAGAAUCCUGUUCCCGCCGCGGGAGAUGCUUAUCUGUUAGAAUUCGCCAGUGGCACGGCUGACCAGCAACUGGCUGAAAUUGAUGAAGAAAUUGAGAAACAACUACAUUCAGCUCUUAUGGCAAGCAAACCGAAGCCUGGGUCUCCUUCCGCCCCGGUGGCGCCCAAACCUACGGAGCCUCCAAAAGAAACAUUCACUCCACAAUUGCCCAAAGUCUCUCUGUCCGAUUCUAGAAAUCAGUUGAAAGUCAAAAUCAAAGGUCCAUUCUUAGAUGCCAAUUAUUCGGCUAGCUCUGUGACUCCUGUAGUGCCGACCCCACCUGUGCCCGUUCAUGAUCCUAUCAGCAGUUUCAAUGCUGCCAGUGGAACCCCAUCCUCGAUGAUGUCAGGUUCUGGCUUGAGAAGAAUGCGAAAGAAAGAACUUCUAAGACAAUACUGGACACAAGACAUGAAUCAGGACGACCCGUCUGCGGCCGCAAUCAUGGGCAUGCCUCAACCACCAGCUCAACCGCCGCCUUUGGCUCGAACCGUCACGAUUACUAUACCCAAAGCUGUCGCCUCUAUGACCAGUAUCCCCACAAGAGAAGAUUAUAAAAUGUGUGAUACACCGAUCGAAAAGAAAAAGCGUAAAACUACUAGCGGUUUGUCACGCGAAUUGAGACAUUUGGCAGUGAGCAUGAAUGAUGAUGUAGAUCCCACAGAUGAGACCAAAUUACCCAGUUACACAGCAAGCCAGGCAUACAAGAGACGUGGACGAGUUACGGUGAAACCGAAUGCCAACAACGCGCCUGCCCCUGUCGCACCUAAGCUCAAAAUCAAACUUAGCUCUAACAGCGUGCAACAAGUCAACGAAGAGAGUUCAGGUUUCCACCAAUUCAGGCCGCCGAAGAAGCGUUUGAUGAAUCUUCCCAAGCCCAGCAUGGAGGACGUACGCCGAGAAAAUAUGAAGUUCCGCCGAAAGAUUAUGGCCGACUUUGAGGAGAACGAGAAAACCGAAAAACACAAGCCCCCUAAGAGUGACAAACGUAAGAAAAAGAAGGACAAAAAAGCUGAGAAAUUACAAGUGAUAAACAGUGAAAGUGAAAGUGCUACAAAGUUGAUAAUAAAGAUAAAACGAACGAAGGAGGAGGAGAGCGGACAGAACAGCCGCGAGGGGGCGCUGGCGGCUGCCGCGGCGGCGCCCGAGGCGCCUGUGGUCGUGGACCCCUUCGAGUACGACCCCUCGGCGCCCGACCCCCUCGCCAUCGACCCGCCCUCCUACUCAGAUUCUUCUGCCAUGCGGAAAAUAAGGACCGAUAAAGUGACACCGAUUCGAUUAAAAUUGUCCCGUAGUUCGAAAGGCUCGGGCUACGUGAUGAAGGAGUCGGAGGAGCCCAGCACGAGCGAGGCCCCCUCCACCUCUCACUCCUCCCCGUUGCCCAUCGCCGUCAAUAAACACUGUGAAGUGAGGUGAUACAAGUCGCGCUCCCGCAAAUAGACUAUAUUGUGACGUUCUCAGCGAAACCAUUCUAAAAUUGUAUAAAUAAUUCAUUCUAAACUUAGUGAUUUCUGUAUGUUUUUAAAUACUAUUGUCUUUAUAAUUAUGUAGUUUAUUAUAUUAUUUAUUUGUAUAAAUUGCAAGCUCAAUGAUUAACUUAAAGUUACUCUAAGAUAUAUUGAUAGUUUGUGCAUUCAGUGAUGCACAAGUAAAUCUUACAAACAGCAUAGCGUAUAUAUUUUGUUAAUGUUACUGUUUUACUUUGCCUCAUAUGGAAUCUCAUUAUUUGUCAUAUAAUUUUAAUGACUUUUCAUUUUAGCAAAGUUUCGUUAUCACAUGAAACAUCACAGGUUAACCAUACCAAUCGUAUUGAAGGACCAAUCUAAAUCAACAGAUUACUGGUUAUGCCACUAAUUAAACAAUAACUUUCUGACUGGUUGUGAUUGACUUGAUCAUGAGCACACUAACUAAAAUAUAACACGUGGCUGUGGCAAUAACAUGCGAAGAACCUACCUUACCUAUAAAUAUAAAUAUCUUGGUAAUCGACCGUAUUACCAAGAUAUUGUUGAAAAAUGUCUCAACAAAUCGAAUAGUCUAAAUGGCACAUGUUCUCAAUGCCUAAUGCGAAAAUUUGAAAACUUUUUUUUAUAUAACUCACUACUAGUACUAAAAUAGUUAAGUUUCAGUUUUAAAUUUACAAGCUUUCUUGUAUAUAUUAGCUUUUCGCGCAAGUAUUUAUUUGCGCAAAUGUCUUUUCGCGCAAGUAUUUAGUACCAAGACCAGUGAAGAUACUUGUAGAAUUUCAAUCGAUGUGCUCGAAAAAGCAUGUUAUUAUUCCAAUGGUCUCAUGUUAUAUUUUAGGUACUAGCUCUUGUAAUCGAAUUGACUAUUCACUUUAACGUGACCAACUUAUUAAUUCUAUAUGAUACUUUUAUAACAUCCUUGAUGUAUUGUCAACAUAAAGAGGACUAAAAUUUAAUGAAGUAUUUCAUAAUUAUUUUAUGUAUUUUGCAAAAAUUAUAUAAUUUUUUAUACAAUAAAUUUUGAAUUAAAUACAUCUAUUUAUAUUUGCAUUUGGAAUCUUUUUGAACAUGUGUAUUACAAAAUAUUUAUUAUUUAUGAAUACAAUUUCUAAAUACGAAAAUAAUUAUGUAUGACUUUUGACGAUUUGAAAUAUAUAUUAUGUACAUAAAACGGACAUAGUUAAGAUUAGGUAUAAAUGCCAUAUUCGACUGUUCAGUUACUUCACCUCCAGUCGUGUCAUUAUUAGCUGUUUUGAUAAAACUUUAUUCUAAAGCUCGGAUGUUCACCAAAGAAAUUUAAAGUAGUUACUUUUUAAAUGGGCAUUAUUAAAACUCAGCUUAUUUCAGUAAACAAUUAUUUGUAUACAAUUUGUCAUAUUUGCCGUGCGGUUUGUAAAAACUUUAAUUACAGUCAAGUGUAGUUUCUCGAUGUUUAAGAAAUGAUAUAUACUUUUCCCAAAUAAGUUUCUAGGCCUGAAGAAAACUAUAUCGUUUUUCUAAAACACUGUGAUGGCGAAUGCGUUUGCUUUGAUUUUUAUCAUAAAAGGACACACAAUUUUAUUUACUUCUAGUAGUUAAAACAUGUUAAAUGUUUUGUAAACAUUACAAUUUUGUAAAUUCAUCUCUAAUUCCAAUUCUCUACAAGUGUUGUAGUGCCGUUUCAUUCGUAAUUAUUUUGAAUUUAUCCCGCCAUUGCGAAUAUUCACGACAAACAUUUGCCGGCUACUGGUCAGUAGGCGGCGAGUCACUUCAGCUAUUGUCCACUCUAAUAAAAUUGUAAUAGUAAUAAUAUAUUAAAAAAGAAAACUUUUACCAGCCAAAUUCGUGCUUAUACCAGCAAAUUACAUGCUUUUUGGGGGAAUUGUUUCAUAUUUAUUAUUAUUAUAUGCGAAUGUUUUUAAUACAAUAUUAUUCUGUGGCGACUGUUAGAUAAAUAAAAUCUUUGUCAUUGAAAACGCAUUCGCCGUUAUGAACGUACGAUAAGAACGACUGACUUUCAAUUUCCUUGAUUUUUAAGUUUUUCUGGACAAAUCGAACUCAUUUUAGUAAUGCCAAAGUGUGUUGCUUCUUCGCGCUUUAUCUACUCAACCAAUAUUUUUAAAUAUCAUUCAUUCAGAUUAAUUAUAUUACUGAUCUCGUGGGAAAUUUACGCAGGUAAUAUGGCAGUUCAAAGCUAGUUAGUUAUAAAUAAUCUUGAAAACGUUAUAGUAAGAUCAGAUCACUGUAGUUUAGAAAAAAAAAAUAAUUUCUUUCCAUGAAUUCCCAAAACUAGAAUUAAAAUAAAAUGUCAAGACGGAAUACGGAAUAUCUGUUUGAUUUUGAUGCUGGUCAGCAUUUCUUUUUAUUAUUUUUAUUAAUAAAAGUCACAAAUAGAAUUGGGAUUCACCUCUCCAUUAUUUCGUUUUAGUUCGAUUUUACUUCCUUACGGCGUAAUAUUCACACAACAAUGUAUCUAAUCUUUUACUUUAGCGAAGUUAGUUGGAUUUAAAAAGUAAACUACAUGAACAAAUUUUGAAAUGACGCAUACGUUGAAUAUAUAAAACAUAUAUUAUAAUUUCGGUGUCAAUAACUUAUUAUAAUCGGUCGAUUUUGUAGUUGGUCCGUAAAUCUAAAUUUGUUAAUGCAACUGUCUGAUUUAGUUUGAGUAUAAAUCCUUUGAACCGCAAUUUGAUAGUGAUAAUCAAUAAACUAUGUAAUAAAAUUCCAUAUUAUGUAAUUAUUACAUUCACUCUGUAAACUGACAGUCAUAUGUAGGACGUAAAAUGUAUUAAUGUGACUGAAUCGGAUAUGAAUUUGUAUAGAAAUCUUUUUGUGCAAUAUUCGGCAAUACUCAUCGUGUAGUCCUGUAGGUGACAAUGUGUGUUUUAGAUAUAAGGAAAUUCUCUAAAUGAAACUUUCAAUUGUAGGAACGGUAUGUCGUGACUGUUGUUAGUUUGGCCGCCUACACAACGCGGUAAAACAAUGGGACUGAAUAUUUUCUUGUUAAAAUGAGGCAAAUAUUAAUAAUCCUUUUAUAUUGUCGGAUGUCUUAGUUUAAAUAAUUUCUAUUAACAAAAUAUACAUCCCGCUGUAUGAGAGCCACUUCGUUGUAGCAGUAGCUCCAUCUUCAACAUAGUUCAUUAUUGAAAAAUUAAUUCCUGCAUAUUCGUUCUAAUUAUUUUCAGCUAAAUUAAUCAUGUCCCGUCUUUUUAUUUCAUAGAGUGUAGGUAAUGUUGUUGUGACUGUAAACCUGUAGUUUAAAAUCACUAUGGAGAAAAUAUCGGCUACCAAUAGCCAACGUGGACCAUUGUGGUAAUUUUACGCACAUUUCUUUAGUAAAACUAAACUGUACGUAAAAUUACUAAAAGCUUUAUUAAUUGAAUUAGCAAGCAAUUGUCGAGCCUGUUCCAGUUAACUAAAUGUGUUCUAUUUAGUCCUUAAAUGUUAAAAACAGGUAGGUACUAGACUACUAUAAGAACUAAGAUGUGAUUUUAGGUUUAGCAAGUGUUUGCUAAUUGUUAUGAAUAAAGUUGAGGCGUAUGUUAGUCUUGUGUUCGCUACUGAAGCCGGUGUACAUUCGAAUUAGCUAGCUAUUCUGUAUAAUGACUCCAAUUUCGGUAUCAGUCCUAAUUUAUAUGCAUCGUGCGUCUAGUUGCACUAGACAAAGCUUUUUAUAUUUUUAUAUUUUUUUUAUCAUAGACGUGCUUUAGGUGGUACUUUUUUAUUGAUAUAUUGCAUUUAGUUCCAAGUAUUUGUAUGUAAAUAUCGGUUCUAAUUUGGACUUAGAAAGCCAUGGCCUACUGUUACCCAUAUUCUUGUAUUGAGCGUAAUUUUAUUAUCAAUUUAUUAGUGACUUAUAUACAUAUAGAUACUAAAAAGGGGUUCGGUUUUUUUUACAUGGGUUUAGGCUAUUUCACUGCAUAAAAAAUAAAACGUGUUGAACGUACAUAUUUUAAAUUAAAUAACAAUGAUUGGUAAUUGCAUGUCACAUUUAUUGAAGAAUUUUGUAAUUUAAUAAUUUAAGUAAUUAGGUAUUAGGAAUUCAUUUUAAUUCUGAAACUGAGACUUCAUUACGAUACCACUGCCAUAGAAGAAUCAUAUAAAUUAAUGUUUUUGACAUUUAUAAAAUAGCAUCUAAUUCGUUGUCGUAAAAUUGUAAAAUAGCCUACUCAUAGACCGUGAACGUACUUGUCCUGUCUAAAUAAGCCACAAAUAAGAACAUUAUUUAUUUUGGAACUACAAAUGCUUAACCAGUGUUUUACUAUUGUAUGCACAUUUCAAGUUUCUUAUUGCCGCCGUGAAUGUGGCUUACAUUAAGUAAAAUGCUAAAGACAGGCAUCCAAAUUGAAGAUCAGAUAUUUUAACUGAAAAACACUUCUUUUAUCUUGACCAUAUACUAAAUCAUUAUACUAAAUCAUGAGUACUUUUAUUUACAGUUGCAAUGAUACAGUUUAUUUAUAUUUUGUUAAGGUUGCAAAGUUCGAUUCACAUAUUGAAGUCUACUCCAUGACUUUCUUUUGUUUUAGGACAAAUAAUUUCUUGGACUUAAAACUAGACGCACAGUUCAAAAUCCAGUAGUUAUACUAUAGUGACAAAUGUUCAGUUAGCAUUCGACGCUUAUUCCGUGUAAAUAAAUAAUAAAUGAAUGAUUGAUAAAUAUAUUUGGGGAGUCUAUAAUGAUCUCUAGAGCAUUGUUUGUAUGAAAAUAUAGUUAAGUCGAACAUUCACCAUUAAUAUAAUACAUUGAAUAACUGGGAUAAUAGUGAGCUCAUACAAACAUCUUUGUGUGUGUUUAUUCCACGGACCAAAUAUAGAGAAGGGCCCGGUGUAUCAACUUGUAAGCGUAGACAUAAUUGGGCAGGUUUUAUUUCAGUUUCCGUUCGGAAAGGAGCCGAGCCCUAGCGAAACCGCUUAUCCCACUCGCCUCAAUCUCAAUUAUAAGAAAAACAACUAGAUUGUUAGAAAAAUGGCAAUAAGACGUGUCUUCUUCGUGGUCUGUUCACAUUUUUUUGUAGAAAUUUCACUGUUUGAAAAUAGCUAAAAUAUUUCCAUGUUUUUUAGGCAGGCAUCGGAAAUGCACUGUGGCAGCAUUAAAUUUAUGUUUUCGCUGCUUGCCUUAAACUCACUUCCCGUAAAACAUAUAAAUAACUAUGUACAAAAAUAUAAUACCUGUAUUUUGAAACUCUGUAGACGUAUAGUCGUUUAUAAUGUCAGUAAAGAUCUAUUUCUCAAUGCAAAUAGUUUGUUUUAAGAAAUCGAUUUUUACUCUAGUAAUUUGCAUACACGUUCUAUAUCCACCUAAGACAACUGUGUCUUUUGCUAGCUGCCAUAUUUGUGUACAUACAUAUCUUAUAUUUUAAUCAAACUCAAUGUCGCCAAGCAACAUAAAGCUGCAAACCAGCGCGGCGACAUGUGAGUAUCUGAGUGAUGGGAUAUAAGGUGAUGUUCAACGGGCAAUUUGUAAAGAAUAACACCACUGGUGAACUGGACUGUGACCGAAUCUCGAAAUUUGCGACAAGAACAAAGAUUUCACAAUGUUACAAUAUCAUCAAAAAUUCGUUACCAUAAAUUAAAAUUGUAACCUAUUUAUUCGUAAGAAAAUAAUUUAAUUAAUAAGUAGAUCGACUGUUUAGGAUUGUAAAUACAUAUAUUGAGUAGUUAAUAUAAAUGUUAUGUCCGUUUUUAUUAUUUUAUCAUAUCAUAACAUUCUUGCAUUCAUUUGAGUGAAACCCGUCGAGUUGUGCUUGGAAAUUUUGUAAAUUAUAUUAUGUAUAUUUCUGAGACAUUGUCCAAUUCUUGUUUAUAGAAAUCCUCAAAAUUUAUAGUUUAUGUACUACUACUAUAGUUAAAUUUCAUCGUCAUUGUCUAUGGGUAAAUACUUCAAAAACCCCACAUUAGAGCUUAUAGUCACAAACAUUUCGAAAGAUUUUGUAAAGUUUUUAUUAAGUAUAAGAGAAUAUUAUGUAUUUGUUCAUAGACAAUUUGGACGAAAUUGAAGAAAACUGAAAACUUCAAUCACGAUGCGGUUCUUGUAAACUGCAUGGCUCGACGACAUUAGUUUGUGUCAUUACUAUCAAUAUUUGUCUAUUGGAACUUUUAGAUUACCACAAUUAUUAUUUCCCUAUUUUCAAUAAUAUAAGGUUGUAUUAUAAAUAAAUUCAAUAAGAAUUAAUGAGCGCAGGAACAUUUUAUCGUAGACAAAACACUAAUUUUAAUCAAAUACUGUAACGUUUUUCGGAUUUAUUGUACAUAACAAUAAUAUUACAUGUGCAAUGUAACUAUUAUGGUAAUCUCUGGAUGUCCACGAUAAUCUUUUUGCCCUUUUGAUGAUUAGUGUAAUAGACAGGUUAAAGUAGAAACAGAAUAUAUUCGUAAAAAUAAUAUUGAUGUAGUCUUUUUGACUACUACUGGCGCAGUCUCCCUGAAUAAGGAUAUAGCUAAUCUGUCUCUAGAGCUCGCGGAGAAAGUACACACAAAGAUCAGGAACGCUUUUCUAUCUUUUGAACCCAUGAUUUUGCUAACGUAAUUGUUUCAAAUAUAAUUUACGACGAACAAUAUUUGCUUUUCCACGUGUGCUAGAAAAAUAGUUUUGAACUAAUCUACUCUACACCAAGAUCAAAAUUUUAUGAAGAUCAUGCAUCAAAAUCAUACGCGUGUCUUCCCUGAGUAAAUUGGCGUUAUUGUGACGAUAUGCUGUGUACAUUUCCUGUCAACCUAUUGUAUGUCGCGAUUACUUUUCAUAGUUAACGCACAAUGUAACAUCACACUUCAAAAAUGAUGGAGAUCAUUAACUUGUUACUGUGAUUCGUUUUAUUUAUUUAGGUGAGCAGUUAGGAUUUUAAGCAUAAUUUUCUAUUCGAGAUUCCGAUCACGGGGAAAUAAAAUGAUAAUUUGUACAUAAUGUUUCAUAGAAUCCUGAAUUAUGUUAAUGAAAUAUUUUUUACAAAAAAUAAAUGAAUAUUUUGAAAGAAUUUGGUAACAGUGGUACUGUAGAAAGAAUCGUGUUAUUUAGAUAUCGUGUUCUAAGAGCAUGGGUUUUUUUUAUUGAGUAUUUUAAUUUACUGAGUGUUGAUUAUUAUACUAGAUGCGUUGUAAGGAAUUGUAAUUGUAUGUACGCAGCAUUGUAUGAGUGUGUGUUGUUGAUAUAUUUAUGUGUAGUAUGGUAUCGUGCUUGCGCCGGCGCCGGCAGUGCAAGCGGAGGCGGCAGGGCGGGCUCAUCGCCUCUAUUGUCUGGUUUCUAGAGCGGCCAGGAAAACGGAAAUAAUACCUAAGUAUCUCCACAAGUCAUCACUCACUGGUUCGAUCGCGAAGUUGAUAGUUAGUUUUAAUAAAUACUGGUCAUAGUCGUUUUUGGCCGCCCUAGAGACACAUUUUAGUUGUAGAUAGAAGCAAGCUUCGACAUUUAAUGUUCUGUUAGGUGUUCGUUCGUUGAUGUAGGUACGUAAUUUUGAGUACAGUGUACCGUGACUAUAAAAACUCAUGUGCUCCGGUACUCGAGUGAGUUAGACGUUAAUGCCAUGGCUGACGAAAGCGACUCGUACCAGUCAUUAGGUUAAACAGAAUUAAAUACAUAUAUUAUUAUUAUUUAUAUUUAGUCGGAUAUAAUCAGUUUUAAGUAUUAGAUUUAAGAGAUUAACGUCUUAUACCAUUACCCGUAUAAGUAUUAUAAUAAUCAAUUUCCAUUGUUUUAAAAAUCUAGUUCGUUAGAUAUAAAUUUAAGAUCAACUUGUACAAACUACUUAUGUACAGAAUGUAAUAUAAGUGGAUGGUUUGGUGUAGUAAUGAAAGGUCAGUGGACGAGGUCGUGUAAAUAUUGUACAAGUGGUGUUGUAUUAUAACAAGUGUUUUCAAUGUGCACAUAGUCGCCUCAUUCAUUAAUAAAUUUUUUAGAUCAAUUA